CGGCAUCUCCAGUUAAAAGGACCAGAAAGUGGGCGUUUCUGCUGACUGCUGGGCCUGACGCGGCCACCAACUCCCUUCACUUCUCGCCGCUCCCGGUGUCCGGCAACAUCUCUGCUCUCGGAGCCCGUAGAAGUACUGCUGCAAAGCCCCCACCUGUUUCCAGUGGACUGAAAGAUUAUCCUGCCAGCGUUCAGUGGGGACCGGCAAAUCCCGGACUUCCAGCUCAGAGAAAUCUGAAGGAAGUUCAGCUCCGGCGGGUGUCUUAGAAGAUGGUCACCCUGUAUCGGGCAGUAUCUCUGGCCUCGGUGGGCACCCGGGACUCACUCGACUUGGCAACGGGAGCACAGCGCAAGGCCACGUUGGAAGCGGCACCCUUGGCAAUACCACUUGGUAACCCCCUCUGGUGGUAAAUCCUGGAAGACGCAUUGAUUCCCGCCGCUGAAGCGACUGGGAGGGAAAAUAUUCCGACAGCAGACAGAAUCCUAUCUGCCCUUUGCUAGUUGCACGGGGGGGGUGUUCGUGCCACCCCUCCUUGGCAUGAUGGAGAGUCUCAACUCGCCUACCUUGUGCGUGGCCGGGAGCUUCCCCGGCUUCCACCAAGACGGCAUGAUCCAGCGAGCCCGGGCGCUGAAGAGCAAGCCCAACGCCAACUGCCGACGGAAGCGGGAGUUCAUCUCCGACGAGAAGAAGGACGACAGCUACUGGGAGAAGCGUCGCAAGAACAACGAGGCCGCCAAGCGCUCUCGGGAGAAGCGGCGCUUCAACGACCUGGUGCUGGAGAACCGGGUGAUGGCCCUCAACGAGGAGAAUGUGCGGCUCAAGACCGAGCUGCUGCAGCUCAAGUUGCGCUUCGGGCUCAUCAGCACGGCAGCCUUCAUGGAGAAGAGCCAGCAGCUGAGCACAGCCAACUCCACCUCCGCCGGGCACUUCUACGGGACUGGUGACGACGGCAGGUACUCCGGGGCUCUCUCCCGGUCUCAGCACUCGGAGGACUCCUCCGAGACCGAGCAGUCAAGCCGGGACACCAAAUACUCGCCCCGGGGAUCACUCUCUGACAUUUCGGACAGUUCGUCACGGGGUAGCCCCGUGCCACAGACGCUUGGCGAAGCCCAGGCGGUCAGUCGGGCCUAUGGGGAUGCUCCCCUGCAGCACCCCCCGGAGCCCACGGGCUCGGUUCCUCGGGGCGUCAUCCUCUUCAGUGCCAACGGUUUUACGGCUGUGGCCCCACCCCAUCCGCUGCUCCCUCACCGACAGGAGCAGGCGGAAGGCUGCACCGUCGAAACGGCCAGAAGCCCCAGUCCGGAGAGCAACGCCCAUUGCCGGGCGGAGGACCUGCAGCCUCACUCCGGCUACUGCUCCAAAUCCCAGAGCUAUGGCAUGGCCCCGGAUUAUUUGGAGGGGGAGCUGGUUGGGGCGGAGCACGCCCCGAAGGCUCCGGAGCCUGCGUCUCCCUUUGACAGCUACUCCAGCGAGGAGAAUGGGGAGGAGCCCGGCUGGAGAUGCUCGCCUGCUCCGUUCGCCCUGCUGCCGGACGCCCAUCCUGACGUCAAGACAGCCGCCCUUCCCCACAAGCUCCGGCUCAAGUGCCGGGCACACAGCAGCGGCAUCCAAGAGGCGUUCCCCGGUCCGAGUCCUGCGCCAAUGGCCUGCUCUCCGGGGACCCCCGCCUUGCCAGACUGGGAGAGCGACCGGCACGAGGAGGUCUCGGCCCUCGUGCGGCAAGCCUUGCUGCUCAACGACCAGCCCGCCCCGGUGGGGACCCUGGAUAGACUUUUGUGCCCUGCCGCCGGACUCCACUCAGACGAAACGGUACCCAAGGAGCACGUCGGCAGGUGGGAGGACGGUUGCCACGACAACGGCCUCAGGCCCACCUGAAGGAGGCUCCGGUGUGGGCCGAGACGGGUUUUUGUAUUUUUUUUUUAAAUAAAAAACGAGCUGAUGUUUUGGGCAAAAAGAAAACAGAAAAUCGAGAGGCGAAUCUUGGAUUUGGAGCCUCCUCGGAGCCCAGGGUCAGAAUACCACAGAGCAGGGAUGGGCCUGUCUUGGACGAACUUAAACGGGGCCUAGCGAGAAGAUGGAUUUGGGGGACUGCUGAAGUCCAGCGGGCGGAGGGUUUCCCUACUCUGCCAGGCCGGGGUUUCAGUGCAUCGACGGGAUUUGUCCCGCUGAGCUCAGCUGCCGCAAGGUAUCGCUACUUGAUCAGAUUUGGGGGGAGGGGGGAUUGGUUUCACCAGGAAACACGGGAAAGUUGGCCGGAUUGGCCCCGCGGAGGUCCCCCAAUACGCACAACUGGGAGAGAUGGUGGAUCUGCCGGUGUUUACAUUGUUCUCUGUAUCAGGAACUCUUUGACUGAACAGACAAUAUUUGUGUUUUUAAAUAUUAAAAUAA